AGGGAAAAAGACACAUAAAUGAGACGACCAUAUGAUGGAAUGCGGACCGUUUUUCUUGAAAAUUGAUCCAUAUUCAAUUUUCAAACUGGCCCUAUUGCCUUGCAGUUCUGCCUUUACAAAGAAAACAGUGAAGUCAUACAAGGGCGCGGGUUAAACUACAGAAGCUGUCUGCAAACUGAGAUUUAAGAUAUCUUAGUCCCCAGGUAGCUGCAUUUCUCAGAAUGGCCCUUCCUUGUGAGCUGAUUGAUGAAGUACUCUGUCGUGUCCCUGUCAAGUAUCUUCUUCGUUGUCGCUGCGUGUCGAAAGAAUGGUGUUCUCUUAUUGAUAGCACUGCGUUUAUCAAGAAACAUCUCAAAACAACCACUGAGUGUAAUGCUCCUGGUGUCAUUCUUACUGGGGAGCAGAGCCUUUUCUUGACUGAUCUCGAGUCUCUGUCUGCUGAUGAGGAGGUUGAUGUUGUGGAAAUAAGAGAUCCACUUAAGUCUGUUUUCCCUGAUGCUGAGUUUGUGGGUGCUGCCAAUAGCUUGCUAUGCUUUUGUAAGAAUAAUGCUUAUGAGUUUUUAAUAUAUAAUCCAGCCACCAGGAAGUAUAGAAAGGUACCUGACAUGCCAUAUAUGUUUGUGCUUUGGUUUGACAUGGUGACGGUUUCCCACUGUGGGUUUGGCUAUGAUCAUGUUAAUGAUGAUUAUAAGGUUGUCAAGAUUGCGGAGUUUUGUGGUAUGAUGGUUAUAGUCUACAGCCUGAAAUCUAAUUGUUGGACACAGAUUCAUGAUGUUCCUAGUGACAUUCUGAUUUAUCCCUUAUCCCGAAAGGGUAUGUUUGCAAGUGGAGCUUUGCAUUGGUUGGCGGCUAGGAGUCAGCCGGAUGGCUGUUUUAUCAUUCUUGGUUUCGAUCUUGUGCUUGAACACUUCAAGGAGCUCCCUUUACCGGUUUCUAACCAAGGGAAAUUUUAUAUGGCUGAUGGAGGAUCCCUAUGCAUCCUUGAACAAUGCACCGAUUCUCGUACUGAUGUGUGGCUAAUAAAUAAUUAUGGGGCGAAAAAUCCUUGGUACAAAGCAUUUUCCGUGGAGAAACCUUGUGCACUCGGAUCUUUUAAGGCUUUUAGACCUAUUGUGUUUUCAAGACGCGGCAAGGAUGUACUUCUGGAAGUGGACUACACAAAACUGGUGUGGUAUGACCCUGAAAAGAAGGUAGUAAAGAAUGUUAGGAUGAACGGGAUUUGGAGUGAGUUUGGUACAAAACUUUACAGAGCGAGUCUGUUGCAACUGACUGAGAACGAGCAGCUGCAGAAGCCGUCAGAAGACAAGAAAAAGAAGAAACAGCAAAGGAAAAGGAAGAAAGAGAAGAAACAACAAAAGAAAAGAGAUGAUUUUCUUUCCAAGGGAUUCAAACUGAAGCUAUAAAAAGAUGGACGAGUUGGAUAACAAGGAAGGCAACAUAUUAUGGAUCUUUCGGAACAGAAGGGAGUUAACCAGUGCAAUUAAUAUAGUGAUGUACUUGUCAUUGUUUAUGGACACUCCCCUUUUUGUUUUUCAGAUGUCGUUCAAUGAAACAAUUACCUUGCUAGUUUGAGAUUUUGGAUGUAAGAUAUGUCUCUGAUGCUGCUACUAUAUAUAUGUCACUUUUGACUGGCUUGAUCUUUCUUUGCUAAAUCUGGCUCGGUCUCUUUAUAUUAUAACUCUUUAAUUUUAGUA